UUCUCAACUGACUGUGAGUAAAAUAUUUUAUUAUAAUUUAUAUAUGAAUAAUGCAAUAUUUUGUUUUUAUAAUCAGGGAAUUAGAUGUAAUUCAUACAAUAGACAGAAGAGAUUAUGAUUUAAAUGUCUUUUUCUUUCUAAGUAUCGAAGUACAGAUUUUAACAUAGAAACUAUGAAUAUUGUCGAUAGGAUAAGUAGAGGUAACGUAAUUAAAAACAGUGAAAGUUACUUGUAAAAAUAAUUCACAACCGUGAACUGUUAUAACUUCUCAAUAGACCAGUAUUAAGCCACCAAGUGCUUAGAUAGGCACGUAGAACGUAACAGUUUACGCUUGUUAUUAUAAUUACAGCAUACUAACAAGGAUGCGUGUGUAGCAAAGCGAAUAGUAAUUCAAUUUUAGAUUUUACAUACGUAGUUCGAAUAAAUACAUUUUGAGAUCCUUAUGCUUCUAACAUAUUGCUUUACAUAAUACAAUACUGUCUCAAGUUAUUUUGAUGUAACACCAUCAUGAACAUGAUAUAGUUCGUAUUGAUUAUUGAGAUCUAAUAUUGCUACACAAAACAGAACCGAUAAUUGUACAUAUAUACAUAUUAUUACACGUAUAAGAGCCAUGUAUAGAUGGAAAAGCGACGUUUCGUUUACAGUAAAUUUGUGAUAACUUAUUUGUAUUUUUCUUUUAAGUUAUGGGUACCUGUGCCACAAAAGCAGUGUUGUUAAAAGACUUAAAACCACAUUGUAAUCAAAUGAAUAUACACAUGCAUUUGUAAUUCUUCACCACGUCGUCGCAUCAUUCGAGGGUUUACAAUAUAUUAUAAGCUUUCAAUACUGGAUAAUAUUUUCUAGAUUUUUAGUUAUAAGUAUCAUCAGCAUAUUAGUAUUAACAAUUGUGUGUACAAGUAUUUAUUACAUUCAUCUGAGCAAUGCCUAGAUAUUUGUUAACAACACUGCAGUAUAAGACUCUUGAAAUACUAUUAAAGAAUUCUUAGGAAGGGAACAUGACAGAAUUUACUUACUGAUUUAUACUGCACUAUAAUUAGGUGUAAGCGAAUAAUAAAGAAUAAAGAAUGGAAAAUAAUAUACACACGUGUCAAGUAUAGAAUGUGAUUACAUUUUACAUAAUUACAUGUAACAAUUAAUUUUCUAAAUUAUUGUAUAUUCGUAAAGAUAUAAAACAAAGUAUAUGGAGUAGUUUCCUUGGCUGAAGUUUGUUUCAUUCUCUGAAUAUUAAUAAGAAUAAAUCUUUAAUAAAAAUUGAUCUAAGGUGAUGAACCUAGACUUUGACCAUGCCUAGACUUAGACAAAAACUAAGAGGGGCAAAGAUAUAAUGUUUAAAUAAUUAAUGAAAGAUAUGAUUUCCUCAGAAGUAAAGAACUUCGUAUUUCUCGUUUUGAAAAUGCAUAAUUAGUCGAGAUUUUUGACGUAAGGUAGCGUCGCGAGAUUCUUUCGAGAUCUAAAAGUUUAAUUGCAAAACGAACGAAUUAAAACAAUUGAUUCGCUCAUUUAUAUAGUUGUAUAGUUGCAUAUCGUUAAUUAAGUCAACUGCAUUCUCCUGCUAUCACAUGUACCGGAUUUUAUUUCUAAUAAACGAGAUCUCAUUGAAGAGAUUCGUCUGCUUUCGAUUAGUCAUAAUGCUACCACACCCGCAAAGUAUCAUGUGAAUUUGAUAUCCACGUAUUUCGUAUAAAUACCUGCAUAAAUCGUUAAUAAUAAUGAACAUGAUAAACGAUCAGGGAUAUUUUUUCACGUUUUUAAUAAAAGCUAACAAAGAUCGAUGCGUGAUUGACCCUGGUUAUUCGUUCGGAGUAUAAUGACACAUUUAUAUAUUGACUCAGAUGUAAACUAUUCCGAAAGAAUGUUAGACUGAUAAAUUGUACUUAAAUUUUAAUAUUAGUGAUAGAAAUAAAAGCUGAGUCGAAAGUGUACUUGAAGAUUAUUACUAUAUAGAUAAUGAUACUGUUACUGCUGCUUUUUUAUUUUGGUGACUAUGCAUUUAGUCAAAAAUACGAGGGAUGUUUCCAAAGUUCCGCGCUGGAUCCCGAUUUACCAACUCUAAUUCUAAGUCAUGCUGAUGUCCCAGCGAAAUGUAUUAACGAAUGUCGUUCGCGUUAUUACAUGUUUGCGGGAUUGAUGAAUGGUCAACAAUGCUUUUGUGGUAGUAGAUAUGGUAGAAAAGGUAUAUCUGAUUCUUGCAAAACUCCUUGCCUUACCGAUCCAAGUAACUAUUGUGGCAGCCAGGAUGCAAUGAGCAUUUAUUCCACUGGAUACAAAGGUCCUAGUCCACCAAGAAGUGCCCAAAUAGUUCACAGCGGGUCUGACAGUUUACAUAUUACUUGGGAACCACCUGAUAUUAGCAAUGGGAAUAUCACGUCUUAUACUUUGAAAGCUAUGGUUGUUCAAACUUUUGCUUCAAACCCGAUACCAGCUGUGGAGAGCCAAAUACAAGGAGGAACUUCAAACAGUACUAUGUUACAAGGCUUGCAACCAGGAACCAAAUAUAAUAUAUCCAUCGUUGCUACAAAUGUUCAAGCGGACAGUGAACCAAUACAUAUUUUGGGAUGGACCUUAAUAGGCCCACCUGAGAAACCGAUGAUACCAAAAGUUGUAGAACAAACAAGCACCACUGUGACUGUCACGUUAUCAGAAGGACACAGUGAGUUCGGUCCAGUUAGUGCAUACCAAGUAUUUGUCGUUCAAUCUGGUAUAAUACCUCUAAUGGGUCCGAACGUGGCCUAUUAUAAUUAUAAAGAAUCAGUGGAACAAGGUUUAGGAUAUUAUAUUACUGGAGAGUUUGAAUCCUCCGAAUUUCAUAAAUAUAAAAAAUUCGUUGUGGGAAGUGGAAACAUGAUUGGUAGUUACUACAAUGCACCUUUGGAUACUCGAGUGUUGCCGCAAAUAGGCUUGGCAGUGGUUUCAAGAUUUCAGAGGCAGACGCAAUAUGCUUAUUCGAACUUAAUUAACAAGUUAAUGAUCUAUGACGAUGCUAAAAAGAACAGUACAAAUUUGACGACGGUUAUACUCUGCAUCGCGAUUGGACUUUUAGGUGCUUUGCUCGUAGCUUCGAUAGUGGUAUAUUUUGUAUUGCGACAACGUCAUGAAAAGAUUCGUAUGAGAAAACUUCCGGAACAGCAGGAGCUUACGUUACAGGGUCCGUUGUACGAAGUCGAUAAUUUAGCGUAUAUUCCCGAAGAUGUACCUGAGAGAGUGAAUCAUUAUCAAGAGCUGAAGAAAAAAGUGUGGAUUAUACCACAAAACGCAAUGACAAUCAAUGACACUGUAAUUCGUCGAGGACGAUUUGGUACGGUGUACACGGGUGUGGUCGAAAAGAAUGGCAAGUCCUCUGCUGUAGCUGUUCACAGCAUAGCUGAUAAGUUAUUAAAAUCAUCAGACAAAAGACAUAUGCUGAGAGAAUUAGAUGCUUGUAUCAGGGCAUCUCCCAUGAUGUAUCUCGCAGAUCUUGUGGGAACGUAUGAGACUUUCGACACGUUACACGUCGUUCUCGAAUUGCCACCUCAAACAUUAAAAAGUCGUCUGUUAAUCGCUAGAUCAGGGAAUACGUUCCCUACCAAUCAAAUCCUAUCUAUAGGAUCUAUGAUAGCGUCUGCUUUGCAGCAUCUCGAAAAUUAUAAAAUCGUUCACGAAUAUCUUUGUGCGCGCAGCGUAGGUGUUACAAGUAAUUGGAUACCCAAAGUGAUGGGUCAUGGCAUAUCUAAAUAUUCUUUAGAGGAUAUCAAAUACGCUCGAUGGACAUCCAUUGAGAGUUUCAAUAAUAAGAAGAGGCAACAGCCUGCAGUGGUCUGGGCUUUUGGUGUACUUUUAUGGGAGAUGCUUAGCAUGGGUGGUACACCGUACUCGUGUAUUUCUCUCGAAAGCGACGUGGAAGAGGCAGUCGAAAGAGGAGUUAGAUUGCCCCAACUACCCGAUACUCCUGAUCCGCUUUACGAAGUUAUGUCGUCUUGUUGGAGCACAGAAAUUCAGGAAAGACCAACGGUCGCGGAAUUAACAAGAUUGGAAACGUUAAGCAUUUGUCCGAUAACUGCAAUCACAGAACCGUAUGUCCCGGAAUUAGAGUUAAAUGAGUAUCAUUAACCAACGAGUGUUCAUACUUUUAUUGCAUUUAUAUGGUCUUAUGUACUUCACUUAAUUAUCUUGCUAAGUAUUUUCAAGCUCUAUCUUGAUGUACUCCAUAUAGUUACCACUGCACGUAAUUUAGUAUAUACAAGAUCUUGUGUUUUUUCUGAUCUUUUUUAUUAUAGAUCUUUCUUUUACAUUUUUAUAUUAUUUUGUACAACGCAUUACUGUGCAAGUAUUACUAAUAACUCUUUCCGUCCAUCAUUUUUAAGAUUUUUACUUAAAAUACAACGAAAUAAGGUACGACAGUGAAGAAUACUUCGAAGCUUAAAGUAGAAUUUUUAAUCAGAUCUUAUAAUAGUUGAACCAGUACCAGAAAUUUUGUGCGUUUCGUUAUUUAUUAACGAAGCAAUUUUUCGAUCAUUUUAUUUGCAGGUUUUAUAUGCGUACGAAUUUUAUUUUAUUUGUAAUUGCUUUCGAUGCAGUAAAAUCUAAAUCUUACAUAUAAUGAAUUAAUAUAAAAGAUAUUUUAUAAAUAAAAGGGAGUAUGAUCUCAAUCUUAUGUACUACCAGUAUUCAUUAUAAAUGAGCUGUAUUAUUU